AUGUCAGGCGCCAACAGCGGCAAGGCCCUCACUGCCUGGACAGACAAGGAGCGCCUCGUCUAUCUCUUCGCACUCAUCGAGAAAUCCAACAUCACGUUCGACUAUAACAACACACCCCGCCCCGCCGGCCGUUCCGUCAUCGCCUGCCAACGCAUGAUGGGUCGUCUCAAGGAUACCCUCAAGAACGAGUUGGAGGCUCUUAUGUCGGGUAACCCCAUUGAGGAGGAUACCCCCAAGAAGACUUCGACUCCGCGAAAGCGCAAGGCGAAGGGCGAGGCUGCUGCUGACGGAGAGGGUGAAGUCACUCCUGCCAAGCGUGGCCGCAAGAAGAAGGUCUCUGAGGAUGUCGUCGGUGACGAGGAAGAGGAAGUCACUCCCGUUAAGCCUGAGCCUAAGGAGGAGGAUCUUGAGGAAGACAUUUGA